UGGGCUGAGGUCUCCCCGACCACUGUGAAGUUGGUGGCUCAAUUCUGUGCUGUCCUUGGCCCAGCUGGGCUCAGCCCCUGCACAAGGGGUGUUGGACCCAAGCAGAGCUGCUCCUUUCAAGUCCCCAUCCGUGAAGAAAUCCAAGGAAAUUGCAAAGGCAUUUUUGUUUUGAAAGUUAAGGCAAUUUAGCUGCCAUCAACCAUCCAGAGACCUAAUGUGGGUUGUUGGAGCUGUGGGGAUGCAGGAGGGUGAAGAACAGGACCUGAGCCCGUGGACUUUGCUGGGGCAGGGCUGAGGAACCUCUCCCACAGCUGAGCCCCCUCCCAUGGCUCAGCCCCACCACCCACCACAUCCCACCCCCAUUAGCUGAUGCACUGAGAGCCUCCAGGCUUCAUAAAUUAACACUCUGGGCUAUGAAUUAUGAAUGGAGCCACAUCUCUGAUCACUGCAUUGCUCUGCUGACAGCCCAGGAGCUGCUGAUCCAAGUGACAGCCCAAAGCUUUUAAAGAUGUGAACAGCAAAACCUGGCAAUAAUUUACUUUGCAAGCUGCAAACCUCUUGGCCUACAGAUGGGGCUCAUCGUAUUCCCUCUCCUGCCUCCUCCUGUCCUGUUCUUCCCUUUUGUUUCCCAGUGUUGUCUUCUCUGCUCUCCCUCUCUGUGUUAGUGGGUGCUGUCCUGCUUGGCUGUGUUGACCAUCCCGUGGAGCUGCAUCCCUCAUUCCUGCCCCAAGGUUGCUGGUGCCUACUGGGGCCAGCUGGGUCCUGGCCACCCCCAGCCCAGGCACAGAUCCCCACAGCCAGUGCAGAGCUCCUGGUGCAGGACCCAGCAGGAUUUUGGCAAAUCUCUGCAGCUUCAUCCCCCUUUGGCCAUGACUUUGUGUUCAAGACAUCGUAUUCCACAGCUCCAUCUGCUCCAUGGAGCUCUGCCACAGCUCCGUCUCUGCCAUCGGUCUUCGGAGGGUUUGUCCUUGAACCUUUCCAUCUCUGGAGGCCAAACCCUGCCCUAAGCAGCUGGAUGUGCUUAAUGCUCACUAUUCCUGGGGGUUUUUGCUUCUGUAUGGAUUCCUGCCUCCUCACCUCUGGGGCAGCUCCCUGGGGCAGCCGGGCUGUGCUCCCUGCUCUGGCAGCGGUGGGCCAGAGGGAGCAGGACUAAAUUUCGACAACGAGCAUCAGACACUUGUCAAUGGUCACAAACAAAAGCAGGGCCCUGUAUGAACCUCUCGUGGGGCUGUGCCCCCUGCAGCACUCGGGAGAAAGCCCUUGGCAAGCAGGAGGGAGCAGGGGAUGGCAGGGGCAGGGGGUGGCAGGAGCACGGGGAACCAUCCCAGCCUGAGCAGUGGGUGCAGAAAAGGGGCACUCCAAAUUCCCAGUCCUUUCCAGCUGAGCCAUUGUGAACCACGCAGCAGAACGACUUCAAAGGCAAAGCCCUGGUGUCUGGAGAAGCUGUUUGUUCUGCCCUGGUGUCUGCUGAAGUUGUUUUGCUCCGGGCUGGGGUGCAGGAGCACUCCUCACAUCCUGACUGUUUUGUUUCCCUUGCACAGGGGAUGCUGUAAGCAGGUGAAGGAUGGACUGACAGAGCCCCAGCAGUUUCUUCUCCAUCCAGGGCCGAGGGGCUCAGCCUGCAGGGAAGGAGCCAUUUUUGGACACAAACAUCCCUCUGGCUGCGGCGAGGGAGAGGAGCUGCUGCGGAUCGAACCCGCUCCUGGCGGGGAAAAUCCCACUUCGUUUUGGUGUCUAAUUAGAUAUUUACCAGGAAGGAAGGAAAGAUAUAAAUAGGGUGACAGUGACUUCAAAGGGUGUUUUUUGACUUCUAAGAAUAACACCUUUGCUGGCGCCGAUUUCGGGAAUAUCGGCUGUGCUGGGUGUGAAAGACGGAGGAGGUGUCGCAGCUCGGUCGGCAGCCAAGGGAGCAAACCCAGACCCCGGCCCCCGUCCGGCCCCACGGGACCGGCUGAGGAAGGGACAGAGCCCGUGGGGAGCUCAGCUCACUCCUGUGGGUACAGCAGCUCCACAGGGAUACAGGAGGGGAUACAGGAGGGGAUACAGGAGGGGCAGUCUGGGGAAGACCACCGGUGCUGCCGCGUGUGGCCCCAUGGGGACCCCAGCCCUGUCCCCAUGGGCAGUGCUGGUGCUCGCCCUGGUGCUGCUGGGACUCUGGGCUCCCUGUGUGGUGAGCAGGCAGCCCAACUUCAUCGUCAUCCUGGCCGAUGACGUGGGCUGGGGGGAUCUGGGCGCCAACUGGGCAGAGACGAAGGAGACCCCGCGUUUGGAUCAGCUGGCUGCUGAAGGAACAAGGUAAUGUCUGUCCCCCUUCCCUGCCCUCACCCUGCAUCCUGGAUACUCUGUCCUGCAGCACAGGGGAAUUCAGCCCUGCAGGACUGGCAGGAGAGGGAAUUGGGCUGGUGUGGGUUUGGGUGCAUGGGGAGGGCAGCCAGAGCCUGGUGCCUUGGGCUGCAGGUCCAUCCAUCCCUGCUGGAACCUUCAUCUGCCACUCCUCAUCCUCAUCCCCAGAGCAAAAGGGAGAGUGUCCAGGGGAGCAGGGAGGGACAGGGCAGUGUCAGAGCACGCGGGGUCUUGUGGGCUCAAGUCUCUUUUCAUUUUGCAGGUUCGUGGAUUUCCACUCGGCUGCCUCCACGUGCUCCCCGUCCCGCGCCUCGCUGCUGACGGGGCGCCUGGGGGUGCGCAGCGGGGUCACCCACAACUUCGCCAUCUCCUCGCUCGGGGGCCUCCCCCUCAACGAGACCACCCUGGCCGAGGUGCUGCGGGAGGCUGGCUACAGCACGGGGGCCAUAGGCAAGUGGCACCUGGGACACCACGGCCGCCAUCACCCCAUCUCCCGUGGCUUUGACUACUACUUUGGGAUCCCCUACAGCCACGACAUGGGCUGCACGGACACCCCAGGCUACAACGUGCCUCCCUGCCCGCCCUGCCCGCGGCACAGCGCAGCUGGCAGCAGGGUGGCGAGGAAGGACUGUUACACAGAGGUUGCCCUGCCUCUCUUCGAGAACGUCACCAUCAUCCAGCAGCCCGUGGAGCUGGGCAGCCUGGCCAGGCGCUACGCACAGGAGGCAGAGCGCUUCAUCCAGAGGGCCAGUGACAGUGGACGUCCCUUCUUCCUCUACCUGGCCCUGGCCCACAUGCACGUCCCGCUGGUCCCCCCGCUGCCCCCCGCUCCGGGCAGGGGCGUCUACGGAGCCUCCCUGGGCGAGAUGGAUGCGCUGGUGGGACGGAUAAAGGAGGUGGCUGACAGCCUCGGCAAGGGCAGCACGCUCCUGUGGUUCACAGGUGACAAUGGCCCCUGGGCACAGAAGUGUGAGCUGGCAGGACGCCUAGGGCCAUUCGUGGGUGCCUGGCAGAGGCAGCGAGGUGGGAGCUCAGCGAAGCAAACAACCUGGGAAGGAGGGCACAGGGUGCCAGCCCUGGUGUACUGGCCUGGCCGUGUCCCUGCCAGGAGGACGAGCCACGCUCUCCUCAGCAUCCUGGACAUCUUCCCCACGCUGGUGGCUCUGGCUGGGGCAGCCCUGCCCCCAAACAGGCGCUUUGAUGGCUUGGAUGUGUCCCCAGUUCUCUUUGGCUGGUCGGAUGUGGGGCACAAGGUCCUGCUGCACCCCAACAGCGGCGCCGCGGGGAAGGCGGGUGAGAUCCAGGCGCUGCGGCUGGCUCAGUACAAGGCGUUCUACACCACAGGAGGGGCCAUGGCCUGUGAUGGCAGCACUGGGCCGGCACAGCAGCACCAACCACCCCUCAUUUUCAACCUGGACCGUGACAUGCAGGAGCAGGAGCCUCUGGACGUGGCAUCCAGGGAGUACCAGGCAGUGCUGCCUGCCAUCAGCAGGGCUUAUGCCCAAGCUCUGCAGGACAUUGCAGCAGACAACGUCUCAGUUGCAGAUUAUUCCCAGGAUCCAGCUGCAAUUCCCUGCUGCAACGUGCAGCACGUGGGCUGCCGGUGCCACGGGGCUCUCGGAGCCACGCAGGAUCCCCACGGGGAAAGGAGAACACCACGGCUUUGCCUUUAAGCAAAUAAUUGCUCAGGCUGCUCCUUUCCCAAGGGUGGUGUCUGAAUUCCAGGCUGGAGGUGGCCAUGGAGAGGGAUGGAGGCUCUGGUUCCCUCUGCUCUGUGCUGGGAAGAGGGAGGUGAGUUGGGUGUGGGCCUGGAGGAGCUCACAGAGCUCCCUUUGGAGUUUGGGCAUGUGGAAGGCUUUUUGUAGGGCUCUUUAUCUGGGAAAGAGACAGCUCUUGGAUUAAAACUACCUUCUGUGAAA